CGUUAAGCACACGGCCCUAACGCGAAGUGACCUCUGCUCCGCCGGACCGCUUUACACCGUCAGUGCCGGCCGGUGCACCCGGCCUCUCCGCGCAGGUGAGACGGGCAGUGUGCUAGCCGGGUGUCGUGUGCAGAGGGGAGAGCUAAAUACUCUCAGUCCGCCCUCAGGGCCACCAGUAGGGACCGCGAGCGCGCGGAUCACGCUCGAGCGACGUUAGCAGCUCGCGGAGGCUGAUAAGAUGAGCCGGCUGGACUCGCGGAGCAGCUUCGGUAAGCGCAGGCGGCAUGACCCGGGGACGGAGCAGGUGUGUAUGGUGGACUGUGGUCCUCUGUGUCUCUGCCGGACCGAGCCGUGUGUGUGCCGUUCAGAGGGAAAGGAGAAUGGAAGACCUCACGAGACAUGGGCCUCCAAGAAACAUGCCUUUGAUAAUCUGGCCUAUGAGCCGAGCAGCCCCAGUGAACUCUCUCUGUCUCGGUUAACUCUCCUACUCAGUGGCUCUUCAUCCCCAGAAAGUGCUCAGGCCCUCCACACAUGGCUUUCUGCUCUCAGCGGUGUGGUGGCUGUAUCUGUUCCUCAGGCUGGUGGGAAAGCUUGGAUAGACUACCACCCGUCCACAGUUACAGCCCGAGAGAUCCUACAGGAGAUCCAGGGAAUGGGGUAUGGGGUCAGUGAAGUAACCAAUGCUUUGUCCCAUCCUGCACCGCCAAGGUUGGAGGAAAGCUUGGUGAGGAUCAGGGUGGAAGGCAUGACCUGCCACUCAUGUGCACGCUCCAUUGAGGGGCGCAUUGGAGCUCUGAAAGGGGUUCUAGGUAUCCAGGUGUCCUUAAGUGAGAGAGAAGCUGUUAUUUGGUUUAACCCCUUAGACGUGAAGCCUGAGGAGUUGAGGGAACACGUUGAAGACAUGGGCUUUGAGGCCUUUCUAAAAGACCCAGUCCUACUGCAGCCAUCUCAAGCCGAAUCUCUCCCAACUGAAGGGCUAGAGGUGAGGUUAGGUGUGGAAGGGAUGCACUGUGGCUCAUGCGUCAAGAACAUCACAGAGAGCUUGUCUGGAAUGUUGGGUGUCCAGGCGGUGCUUGUGUCGUUGGAAACCAAAACCGUGGGUUUGAAAUAUGAUCCAUCUCUGGUAACCUUGGACACAGUUAAAGGGGUGUUGGAGGGACUCCCUCCUUUGAAUUUUAGGGUAACCCUUCCAGGUCAGAGUCCACAACUGUCUUUCCAUGAGCCAAAGACUAACGGCUCAAUACAUUCUCAAAAAUCCAUAUCUCAUUCCAUGGACAGCAUUCCACUCCAGAAAGUGACAGUUGGAAUAAAAGGAAUGACUUGCCACUCUUGUGUGCAGUCUGUUGAAGGACUAAUAUCGCAGAAGGAUGGUGUGCAUUCCAUCACAGUGUAUCUGAAGGAAGAGAAGGGAAUAAUUACAUUCGACCCCAAUCUGACCCGUCCAGCAGAGCUCCGGGAUGCCAUUGAGGACAUGGGGUUUGAAGCAUACCUGCAACAAGAUUCUGGCCAAAGUAGCCAUGUCAGGGGUCAGGGGUCACACAGAAGCAUGUCCUCUCACCCUAAGAACCUGACCCCGCCGGCAGUCAGACCCCAAACCUCCAAGUCUCAGGCAGCUUCAGUGAAUUCAGCAAAAACAGGAGUUCCUGAAGAGGAGAAGACCAGGAAGUGCUUUGUCCAUGUAACGGGGAUGACCUGCGCUUCAUGUGUGGCCAAUAUUGAGAGAAGCCUGCUCAAACAUAAAGGGAUUAAAUCUGUUCUGGUAGCACUAAUGGCGGGUAAAGCAGAGAUAAAGUACGACCCAGAUGAUGCGGAUCCAGCUCAGAUCAUCAAGCUCAUCUCCAGCCUGGGCUUUGGAGCGUCGCUAAUGGAAGAGAGUGCAGUUAGUGAUGGUGUUCUGGACCUUUCUGUGACGGGUAUGACGUGUGCUUCUUGCGUCCAUAACAUCGAGAACAAACUCCUCAGAACAAAGGGCAUUCUAGAGGCCACUGUUGCCUUGGCAACCAGCAAGGCUCACGUGAAGUUCGACCCAGAUUUGGUUGGAGCCCGUGACAUCAUUAGAAUUGUUGAGGGUCUGGGCUUCGGGGUGUCAUUGAUAAAGAACGAUGGCUUAAGAAAAAAUGAAGGCUUGGAUCACCAGGAGGAGAUACGGCAGUGGAAGCACUCGUUCCUCUUCAGUCUGGUGUUUGGUGUCCCAGUGAUGGGGCUGAUGAUCUAUAUGAUGGUGAUGGACAGCCAACACUCAGAACAUGGAGGCUCCAUGCCAGAGGAGCAGAACGUCCUGCCUGGACUUUCCAUCCUCAACCUGGCCUUCUUCCUGCUCUGCACACCUGUUCAGAUCUUUGGAGGUCGAUACUUCUACAUCCAGGCCUACCGUUCUCUGAGGCAUGGGGUGGCUAACAUGGAUGUGCUCAUCGUCCUGGCCACCACUAUCUCAUAUGUGUACUCGUGCAUUGUGCUGUUGGUAGCCAUGAUUGAGGGGGCCAAGCAAAGUCCAGUCACGUUUUUUGAUACGCCUCCUAUGCUGUUUGUGUUCAUUGCCCUCGGACGCUGGCUGGAACACAUUGCCAAGGAUAAGACGUCAGAGGCGUUGGCCAAGCUCAUGUCCCUCCAGGCCACAGAUGCCACAAUAGUGACACUAGGCCAUGGCAACUCCAUAAUCAGUGAGGAGCAGGUCUCUGUGGAGCUGGUGCAGAGAGGAGACGUGGUGAAGGUUGUACCUGGAGGAAAGUUCCCUGUCGAUGGUAAAGUGAUUGAGGGAAGCUCCAUGGCUGAUGAAUCUCUUAUCACAGGAGAGCCGAUGCCAGUGCGGAAGAAGCCAGGCAGCUGUGUGAUCGCUGGCUCUAUUAAUGCUCAUGGAGCGCUGUUGGUGGAGGCCACACACGUAGGAGCAGAUACUACGCUCUGCCAGAUAGUUCGACUGGUGGAGGAGGCACAGACAUCAAAGGCGCCCAUCCAGCAAUUAGCAGACAAACUGAGUGGCUACUUUGUCCCUUUCAUUGUCAUCGUCUCCGUAGUAACACUGGCUGUAUGGCUUGUUAUUGGGUUCUUGGACUUUGACAUUGUGACAAAGUAUUUUCCGGGCUAUGAUAAGAACAUUCCACGGACAGAUGUCAUUGUGCGUUUCGCAUUCCAGGCAUCCAUCACAGUGUUGUCCAUUGCUUGUCCCUGCUCUUUGGGUCUGGCAACCCCCACGGCAGUGAUGGUGGGCACUGGGGUGGGAGCCCAGAAUGGCAUCCUUAUAAAAGGCGGAGAGCCGCUGGAGAUGGCCCACAAGAUCCGAGCUGUCAUGUUCGAUAAAACAGGCACCAUCACUAAUGGGGUGCCAAGGGUGACACGGGUGCUGGUGUUGUGGGAUCAGGCACGGCUGCCCCUCCGGAAGGUUCUGGCUGUGGUGGGCACAGCGGAGGCCAGCAGUGAGCACCCACUGGGCAUGGCAGUUGCUAAACACUGCAAAGAGGAGCUGGACACAGAGAUGCUGGGCUACUGCCAUGACUUCCAGGCAGUGCCGGGCUGUGGAAUCAGCUGCAAAGUUUCAAAUAUCGAGGAGCUCCUGCAGAACAGCCCAGAGACAGAGAGCACACACACAUCGCCCACCCAGCUCACACUCCAGGGAGCCACAACAGAUGAGAGCAGUUUGGUCACAGACUCCGACCCUGGACCCACUACAUAUUCUGUUCUGAUUGGGAACAGGCAGUGGAUGCAGAGGAACAGUGUACAGGUCACUCCUGAUGUGGAUGAAGCCAUGAGCAGCCACGAGACUAAAGGCCAGACUGCCAUCCUGGUGGCCAUUGAUGGUGUGUUGUGUGCUAUGUUGGCUAUAGCAGACACGGUGAAGGAGGAGUCGGCUCUGGCAGUGCACACUCUGACCAGGAUGGGCAUUGAUGUUCUCAUGAUCACUGGAGACAACAGACGCACUGCUAAAGCCAUCGCAACACAGGUUGGAAUCAGGAAGGUAUUUGCUGAAGUAUUGCCCUCCCACAAGGUGGCAAAGGUACAGGAGCUGCAGGAGAAGGGCUUGAAGGUGGCCAUGGUGGGUGAUGGGGUCAAUGACUCACCUGCUCUCGCCCGCGCUGACCUGGGCAUUGCCAUCGGCACGGGUACUGAUGUGGCCAUCGAGGCGGCUGAUGUAGUCCUUAUACGGAAUGAUUUGCUGGAUGUGGUUGCCAGUAUUGAGCUGUCCAAGAAGACCGUUCAGAGAAUACGAAUCAACUUUGUAUUUGCUCUCAUUUACAACCUGCUGGGCAUUCCGAUUGCAGCAGGGGUGUUUAUGCCUGCUGGUUUGGUGCUCCAGCCCUGGAUGGGUUCAGCUGCAAUGGCUGCCUCCUCCGUCUCUGUGCUGGUUUCCUCUCUGCUGCUGCGUCUCUAUAAGAAGACGACAGUGGAGCAGUAUGAAUCACGGGCUCAUGGCCGGAUGAGCAGUUUGAGUUCAUCUCAGGUCAGCACCCACGUGGGACUGGAGGAAAGGCGCUGCAGCCCGCGUGCUCUACAGCGAGGCUGGUCCAGACACAGCCAGUCCAGCCACAGCUCUGGAAUGCCCUCCCAGCCCCCCACACUCUCUGGCCGCUCCAAGACACAGCCAUACCCGCAUCUGGACCGCCACUCAUUACUGGAGUACGACCAGCAUGGACAAGAGCUCGUAGUGUAGAGACCAGGAGCAGUGCUCGUACAAGUCUUUUUUCACCGUCAACAUCAAACAGCAUGGAGAGUGAUGGUUCCGGUGGCAUUUCUACCUGGAAACAGUUUAACACAUUUACAGACCCUGCUGACUGCAGAUCGACCAGGAUGGAUUAAAGGAGUACUCCAGGUUUUUCAGCCUAAUCUCUAUCUGCUGCAUCUGAUUGCAUUUGAUUACAAAAAAUGCAAAUUUAGACAUGUGUACCUGAACAGAAAAGCCAUUGACUUGAAGCAUGCAUACAGUGGAAGCCAGUGGGCAGGUGCUUUUACUUUACACAUGCUUUUAGUCAAGAAGUUUUCUGUUUACACUGGAGUAUUCUUUAAUGACCCAGCUGUUCACUGAAGUUACUUUUGUAACACCCUAUGCCAGGAGUGCACAGCUCCAGUCCUGGAGGGCCAGUGUUUUUUUUGGAGGUUUCCCUGCUCUUUUGCACGCAGAAAAACAAAAAUCAGCACAUUUCUAAAUCCUCCAAAUUGCCUGUCAGUAGAAUGGAGAUCAACAACUUUUUUACACAAACAGGUCGCCAUCGCUGUCGUCACUGUAGAUUUUCCCUAAUGCUUCCUAGUCUUGAUUUAACAGCACAAAAGAUGGAAAAGAAACCAGUCACACAAGCUAAUGCUGGUACAGAACGGCACAGUGCAGUCAUGCUAACUGUUUGGCCCAACAGAAGAAAAGAGGAGCUACAGAUCUCGGAUCAGAUGCCUUCAGGGAUGCAGGAAGUGGCACUUAGCACCACCAGAUUUCAGGACUGUUAAACUGCAACUGCUAAAAGGUAUAUAAAUACAAAUGAAGCUUUAUAUUUACUUGAGCAUACCUAAUUAACAAUGGUUCUUCAAGGGUCCUUUAGUAAAGGACCAUGAGUUCUGUAUAGAAUUUUUCAAAAAAGGUUAAUUAGAGAACCAUAUGCAACACAUUCUCCAUCAGUGUGAAGAACCAUUUCACCAUGAAGUGGUUCUGUAAGGCAUCACUAUUGUUUGUCGGAGAGUUUCAUUUUCGCAUCAUUUAAAAAUACCAGCUGCCAUUUACAUUGUGUCGAAAUUUCAUGACAAACGGUCGAAAAGAAACUCAAAAAUGACAGAAUAUAAUCUUGUUACAUUAACUUGCAUUGAAAGUUGGCAAUGCUUUUUUCCCCUAAAGUUACUUUUUGAGAGCGCUGAGAGAGACAAGGUUUUGUUCCAACGGCAACAAUAUGGGUAUAGUCGUCUCUAGUCGUCACAUAAUGCAAAUUAAAAUGUAUAUAAUCGAAAAUAUUAUCAUUUUGAAAAAUGUAAGCUUUGAAAAAUGUAAGACUUUACUGGGGAAGCAAACUACAAAAGAAAAAGGAAAUACUAUAAGGGAGUUAGAUCCAGAGAGGCCAUAAGGUAGUUAUAAUUUUCUGGAUGGUUGAUCUUGAUAACGAGUUAAUUAUCUUGUUAUCUCUAAAUAACAAAUGUUUUCCUGAGAUAACGAGUUAAAUAUCUAGUUAUUUAAAAAUAAUGUUAUCUCAAGUUGUGAUCUCAAGAUAGCAACUUUAUCACAUUAUAUAUAUAUAUCUCACAUUAACUCAUUAUCUCAAGAUAACAAUCCAGAAAAUUAUAGUAACAGCUCAUGGCCUCUCUGUACUUUUGUAAAAUCUGGCUGGGUAACAACCUGAUCUGCUGUAGCUUUCACAGGAACUUCUCUGACUGUCUCAGUUGAAUUGAGGAGGCCAGACCGAUGGCUGUGCUUCACUGGAGGGUAGCUCUGGACACCCGUUGGCUAUGCCUCUGAACACCAUCCCACCUCCUUGGAUGCCUUCCUCAUUUACUUCUUAUUAGUAGCUCUGCUCAGAGAUGAGUUGUGAAUAAUGAUGCUUUAAUAGUAAGUGCCUUUGUAGUCUUACACUGAAAAUCUGAGCAACUGUAUCAGGGAAAGAGUCUAUUUUAAGAACACUACUAUAUUCAUGUACUCGGUGCACUUAUUAUAUUAUGACCAAACGGGAGGCAUUUUAUCUGUCUGAAAUUUUGUACCACCUUUUUAUCACCAAAUAAACAUCAGUAACUUA